GAGGGAGGAGAUGCAGGCUGUGAGGCACUGCGAGAGCUGUGAGCAGACAGGCUCCUUUUCUGUUGAUUAAACCUCAGUGAACUGAAGCAAGAGAAGGGUGUAUUUCACAGGAAUUUUUGAGGGCAUCUUCGAGGCAGACUCACUGGUUGGAGGCCAAACAACCUGACUGCUCCAAACGCUUCCACGUCGGCAGACCUGUCACCAUGGCAACAAAGCCCACGGCCUGGCAGGAGCCGUGCCCUGUCAGCUCACUUGACGAGUUGUUCAGUGAGUCUCGGGCAAAGGGUGACAACUCCCCUCUGAAAGACAAAAUGGCGCCCAAGGCAGAACCCGAGGAGGACAUAGACAUCCUGGAGCCUGGAGCUCAAGUCAAAACUCUGCAGGAGAACCAGACUGUGUCGAAAAUCAAAAUGGCUGAGGCAACUAAAGUGGAAAAUGAAGGAGCCAUGAGAAUUAGUCAGUGCACCCACGGGGAGAGAAAAGAAGUUGUGACACAAUUAGAGCAAGGUCUUAAAAAACUAGGAGGAGGACUGAGGACUCAAGAGGAACCUGAGGAGCCCGCUGAGUUAUGUGGGGAAUCUUUCCUGCCUCUGCCUUCCACUGACACCUUAUCAUCUGGAGAAUAUGGUGGCAAAGAGGGCUUUUCCAGCCUUGAGGGUGAGGUGGCAGAGUCUAUCAGUGAUGUCGAGGUCAUUUCAGGCCCAACAGAAGACAAGAAGAAUAGUCAAGAAUGGCCAAAGACAUCUCCGAUAACUGAACCAGUUGAUAAGACGAUGGAUACAACAUCUGAGGAGAUGGCAGCAGAGAAACAUAUUUCACAGUUUCACUUUGUACCAGAUGGAAUAAGUUGCAGUAUAAUGGAAAAUAGAGUGUCACAGACUGCUCACCAUUCUCCCUCUGACAGUGACAACCCACAUGAUGCACACACUGCAAGUUCCCCUCCUUUUGCAGAUGAAAGUGAGGAAGAAGAGGAAGUGGCCCUUAAUAUUAUGGAUCUAAGCACAUUAGACACCAACAGCAAGUCUUUCCAACCUUCAUAUUCAGCUUCCACUCAUCAAGAACCAGACUCAGCUUUGCAUGUCAAACCCUCAAGUAAACAGCAGGAGGAGCUGCUGCCACAGUAUCAAUGUGAACCUGCCCCCAAAGGUGCAAACCAGGAAGCAGCACAACAGGUGCCCGGCCAGGGAUUUUCACCUUUGUCAACUGUUGCCAUGGAGCCGUCCAAUCAGGGUGGGGCUGCUUUUCAAGGCUGUGCUUGUGUUGUUGCUGUGAGAGAAAGGCAUAGCAGGGCGGGGGAAAGAACAGAGGGAGAAAAUGAGCAAACAGGUGGGGUGAAAGGGCAGAAAGGGAGCGGACUUGGAAGGAACAAGCCAGCUGGGCAGCUACGCAGCAGGGGACUGUUAAGAUAUUCACACACAGUCCAAAUACAAGAGCUGGAAAGAGAAAAACAUAGCCUUGGUGUGUCUCUUGAGCACAGCAAACACACGAGGAUGGAGAAUGACUCCUGUGACGAUAGCCAGAGUGACAGUGGAGUAUCAGCUGACUUCUCCCCAUGCAGCACUUUGGAGGGCUCCCCAGGGCUCUCCAGAGAGACUCCUAUUGAGAGGGAGAUCCGAAAGGCUGUGGAGCGUGAGCACAGUCUGAGGAGAUCCAGAGGGCUUCCAAAUCUACCCAUCUCUCCAGAGUACGUAGAGGUCCCCUUAAGAAAAACUGUUCUUUGCCAUUCAAUAACUACGAAGACUGAGUGGUGUCAAGAAAAAGACAGAGAGUUUGCUGGCAAAAAGAUGUUGUAUGAGAUCCAAGCGGAGGCCCAGAGGGAGCAGGAUCUGGUCAAGCUUGGGAAAGUUCCAGGUUUUUACGACAAAGGCACGGUCCGACAAAUAAGGGAGAAGAAACAGCUCUUUGAGGCCUUUCAGACACCCAGUGACUCAACUUUUACAGUUUCAACCAGAAGCAAGGCCCCAUCCAUUUCUUCUGCCAGCAAUGUUUCAGCUACGGAGAACCAGGAGAACAUCUCGUCACAGGUGUCAACCACAGAAGGUACACGUGUCAAGAAGAGACACAGUUUAGAUCUUCUUAGUCCGGCACAGAGCCCGAACUCUCCCAACGGAAGGGAUGUAACCAAAUCCACUCUUCAAGGGCCGGGUAACUCAGAGGGACCAGUUCAUCAAGUCCUAAUCUUAGAGAAUAACCUGAAGAACGCAACACAGAAGAAGCACCAAGACAAACCAGAGUCUAUUACUGCUGUUGACUCUGGGAAUCCUUACAUUUCAUCAUCACAGACAGGAGAACAUAACAGGCUAACAGAGAAAAAACAGGAAAAGGAGGAAGAGGAGGACUUAAUACCCAAGGAGAACCCCUUUUUCAAGCUGCGCCCCUCAAAUAAUUUAGUGAAAGUAAAACAAGAUAUCCAGGAGGCCCAGGAGAGGGAGAAGGAGAUCCGCAAGCAGAGGAUUAGCCUGUAUGGGGGCUGUGAUGAUGGUGGUGCACAAGGAGAAGAAGCAAGAAAUAGGGGAAGGCCAGUCAGCAUGGAGGUAAGGAGUCCCAUGCUGUCGUUAAAUGGACUGGCUGUUUCUGACACACCUGGGUCAUCAUCCAAGGGAGAAACCGGACCCUCAGCAGCACACCCGUCAGUCAGCAAGUCAUUUGUGUGGCCCCCAGAAGACGAGAAGCUUAACCGGCCAGAGGUCCUCCAGAGUCCCCGGACCCCCAGACAGAAAUCUCCCCUAGUGCAGCUCUGGGAGACAAGUCUGGUGAAUGGACACAACAAAGACAAGGACUGAGAAAGAUCUUUUUACAGAGACAUGCAUUUUUUUCUUUUUAUGUGUGGGGCUGAAAACAAUAUUGAGAACAGUGUAAGGAAAGAUGGAACAGACAAGCGAAAGGAACUGUGAGAAAUAUGAGGAAGGAGAGAUUGUGGAGUAAGAAAGAGGUCAGGGAUUGAGGCUAGAAAAGGGGUCAGGAGAAUUGGGAGCAAGGAAUACGAUUGGUGGUGGACCAAAAAAACCCCAAAGAGUCCUUCAGUAAAGAGUAGAAGCAAAUGUAGAAGGUGGGCCACCUAUUAGUAGAUAAGCACAUGGCCUGCUUCUGGUGCUGGAAACAUCUAAGACUAAUGAAUGUAAAAAGACCAAUAAUAAUAAUGAUAAUAACAAUAAUAAUGAUGCACAGGAGAAAAGAAGAUGUAGAUUUCGUAAGGAGAUUUUCAAACUUCUUCAUUAAUGUAUUUAUUGUGCUUAAUGAAACUAUCUCAUAUAGAGUCUUAUGUGUUUAAGGAUGUCUUACAGUGAGUAAACAGUUUAGUUUAUCACAUGUGCACAAUCUAAUGCAAUAUGAUAUAACAGCCAUGCAAUAAACCAUAUCUCUGCCUA